AUGGCGGGGCGUGCCCGGUCUCCGACGGAAGUCUUCAACGAUGACUCGGAUGAUGAUCUCAACGAGACCCGGGGCGUGUUAAGCGAGCUCGAGAAGUUGACAGUGACGGACGUCGUGCUGAACUUCGGCAACUUUCGCCCGGAGGUGAAGGAGAUGCACACUAGGGUUGCGAAAGUUGAGAGUGCAGUGGUGGAAGCCAAGAAUGAAAAAGAGGAAGUGGGGACGCAAACAGAGGUGAUCUCGAUCCUUGGCAAGCUUGGAGGGCACAACAUGGACCACUUCCACCCAAAGGCGCUCCUGGGAUGCGCGCACCUGGUCCUGCUCUAUCUGAAGGACGUGAUCUCGGCCAAGGAGGCAGCUGAAUUCCUGCAGCGACCCCAGGUGCGAGACCAUGUGGAUUCCAAGGACCUCAACGUGUUCGGCAAUGACCAAGGGCGUCCUAUGUGGGCACAGUUUGUCAAAACUCGUGAAGCUCGCCGUCGCAGUUCACAUGCGUCGCUCCUCCGACGGGUGUGCCUUGGCUUGGUCAAGGACGCGGCAGCCAACAAAGAAGCACACAAUGCCAUGGCGCUGGAAGACGGGGCGUUUGACGUUGAUUGGAGCUCGGGUACAAUUUGGCUGGGGGAGUGGAAGAUCGGGUCUUGCGUCCACCGUGCUCCUGCCAAUGAGGAUGUGCGCGUCCUUAGCUCGGGGUGGGUCGACGUUGGAGUUGCUGCUCGUGCCCUUGGAGUCGCGUGGGAUGUUGCCCAUGGCAUGUUCUUCUCUCCGCAAACUCAUACAAGAAGUACGAGUCGGUCGCUGAUUUCCUGGAACUUGGGUGGACAAUCUCUGACGAAGGCAGACGUUGUCGCUGGGAAGUUUGAUCUUCUAUGUGUACAAGAGGCUCCUCGUGAUGUUUCGGGAUGGCGUGAGGAACACACGGAUGGUUUUGUUUGGCUACUUCAUCAAGGUGAUGGUCAAUGGCGGGGGUGUGGAAUUGCCGUGUCCCACGAACUCUUCGACUCUACAACGGAUCGUGUCAGCUGCUCGUUUGGGGCCGCUUGGGUGGUUAGACUUAAGAACACUCAGCGCUUCGUGUUGGCCUCUUUGCACCUGCCGACAGGGGUGAAUGUGACGAAAUACUAUCAAGCUACGACCAUGGUCAGAAAGAUGCUGCAGGGGUGGCACGAGGAAUUGCCCUGCUUCGUAGGGGUCGACGUCAACACGGCACUGGUGUGGAAUCGGGCGGCUGAGGAGGAGGGUGAGAUCGGGCUUCAGUCGGGUGGGAAGAUUGAUAAGUUCCUUGAGAUGAUUGGGUGUUUGCGCCUUCGAAUCCAGGCACCUCGGCUCAUCGAUCGCUGGGUGCCUACGCACUAUCCACGUGAUGAACUUCGUGAUGGGCGUCACAUCGACUGUAUUCUCACUCGCGGGCUGGCAUCCUCUGAGGUUGUUGUCGAUCCUGAUGUCCGUCUCCAUAUCAAUACCGAUCAUGCGUUGCUGCGCUGCACCGUUGAGUUGGGACGUACACGAGGUGGAAGGUGGCGUGACAGUCGACCUCGCUUUGUUGUUGACCCUGACAGUGUAUGUGCUCCGCAAACCUGGGAGGAUGUGAAGCAGAUGGCAAAGGACGUUUGCAAGCCUAGGGUCGUUCAACGCUUCAGUGACGACGAUGAGACUAAAGAUUGCAUAGCCGAGGCCAAGUCCUAUAGUGGCGUCGUCUCCAAAGACCUUUGGAAAAAAGUGCAUGCCAUGCGAAAGCAGAAAAAGCGGGAUUGGCGUGAAGGACGUAUCGCAGCUAUCUUGGGAGGAGACUGGCACGCAUAUCGGCAACACAAACAAGCUCAAACGAAGCGAAACUGGUGGGGGCGUCUUCUCCGCGAGUGUUCUGCGCGUGAACUUGGACGGGAUGUGGUUAAACAUCUUGAAGCUAAGGUCCGUGAACCCAAUUUGCACUGGGACCAAGUGCUUGAUGGUCGCAUCGAUGAAGUCCAAUGUAGGGAUGAACAAUUUGUGCCGAUCCAUGAAGAAGAGGUGUGGCGAGCCUUGUCUACCCUGCGCGCUGGUGCCUCCCUUGGGCCGGACCAAGUCGGGGUGGAUUUGCUCAAAAAGAUCAUGCUGGUUGCGCCUGCCAGCCUGUGCCGUCUGUUCAACGAUGUUCUCUAUGAUGGCCGCCUGCCGGAGGAAUGGGGUGUGUCACUGCUUGCUUUGUUACCGAAAGUCCAGUGGCCCGAAAGCGUUAAGGACUUAAGGCCCAUAGCAAUGUCAUCCAGCUCCAUGAAAGUCCUGACGAAGAUUGUCAUGGGGCGUACGUUCUAUUGGCUGAGAGAUCCCUGUCCCUGGAGCGCGUCCGGCCAUAGUAGAUGCUGUGCUGAUCUGCAUGGUACCUUUGGGCGUUUGCGGGACAUGACCAGGGAGUGGCGCCUCGGAGUCGUGGCGGUCAAAUUGGACCUUGCUGAAGAGGGUGUGCCCUUUGAGCUCCGCUACUUGCUUCGCCUCCUCGCCGAGAAUGACAUGAUGGGAUGUGCGCCAGGCGGGGCGUCGGUAAGCAUACGUGCCAAUCGUGGAAUCAGGCAGGGAUCCCCAGAGUCGGCGGAGCUCUUUGGCCUCAUUGUGGCAGCAAUCGUCACUAAGCAGAAGGUGUCGCACAAAUGGGUUGCCCCUGGUCCACCAUUGGAGGAUGUCCCAGCUGACGUGGGAUGCUACCAGGACGAUAUCUUCCUGUGGGGUGAAAACCCGUACAAAAUCGCCAAAAAUAUUUCCUUGCUUGCGGAUGCACUACGUGAAGUGGGCUUGCAACUAGCGACCGAAAAGACCGCCAUUAUCAGUUCGAAGUAUUACAAAGGGGUGCGACACAUGAUGGUGGAUGGCCGACACGUUGACAUGCUGCCCCUUGGCUCCUCACUCCGUGUUCUUGGCCUGGACUUCGACUUGGACGCACCAGCUCACCAACAGGCCAAGGAAGUUAUGGGUCGUAUCUGGUCAGCCUUCCACACCCACAAGACGCUUCUCUGUGGUGUAGGCACCAGAACUGAGAAGCAAAACAUGGUACGUGCGCUUGUUGAGGGAUGUUGGAGUUGGUGUGCGGGUGCUCUUCACUGGGAGGUGGACGACUUGCAGGCGAUGAACUCUCUGCAGAUGCCUCUUUUGGGCGACAUGGAUGGGAGUGCUCUGUGGGCUCCUCUGCGCGGCAACUAUGACAAGUGCAAGUGCCCAGCCGUCAUUGCCGCGUUCCUCUGCCUCUUCGACUGCCACGUCUUCUACCUCUUCGAUGGAUGUGUCUUCUACCUCCUCGAUGUUCGACCACGACCACGUCGUCCGGCGAGGUUACAGAUGCCCAGCCACAGCCUGAACCGUAUCCUGAGCAAACAGCAAAUGCUUGGAACCCGGGUGAGUCUGGAACUCCGGGAUGGAACGAUUGGAGUCAGUGGGAUGGGGUGGCUGCGGAAAUCAGUCGCCAAGCCAGCGCCGCACGGGGUGCUGACCAAGCUAGUGGGUCGUGGCAUGGACAUAGUGAACCCGAUGGGUGGGCUCCUAGUUGGCAGUCAGGCUACGGACAGCACUGGCAGGGAAGUGAACCACGUCCCUGGCAACACGCAUGGGAAGCUGAUCCAAGAGAAAGACGAGGGUGGAACAAUGACUAUGGUGGAUGGCAUGAUGGACGUGACGCAUAUUCAGGGCAGUGGCCGAGUGAUGGAUGGUGGGGAUCUGAUGGCGAUAUGUGGCAGUGGAAUGCAGCGCCGUCUUCAUCCAGUUGGGAGACACCUCAAGGACAUCAAGAUAAUCGUGGACGUGGCCAUGCACGGGGUGAAGCCACCUCAUCUUCGCAGGGUGGUGCCACCUCUUCGUCGUCGCACUAUGAUUGGGAACAAAGUCGGGCGUCCAGCAGUCAUGAACACCGAGGCUCCGAACGACCCUCGAGUUCGUCGCGACCUUCGGGACCCAUCGGCUCCGACCCUGGACCUCGAGGGCGACCCCCGACAGGAUUUUGGCGAUAUGGGGUGUGGCACGCGCGCAGUCGAACAGAGUCGGAAGAACGGCUACAUCGCGGCGGACAAGGACCUGUACGCCAGCAGAGAAGGAGUGCAACACCGGGAUAGUGAAGCAGCCCGUGCAGCCAGAGCCCAUUUUGCAACAGUGUUGAAUCUUGUGCAGAAUCCACCACGGGGUGUCAGACGUCAUGCUGCUGCCCCUCCGCCCUGGACAGCGGCACAGUGGGAAGACUGGGCACGGUGGGUGGUUGGCAACACUAUGGUGGUGGACUGGUCGAAUGCGGGCGUUCCAGACCUUCGGGAUGUCUACUUUGAUGCGGACGACGAUGGGUUCAUGCUCCAGCUGUUUGAGGGUGAUAACGCACACUUCCUUGAGGGUGACCAGGCCCACCUCAUGCAGUUGUCGGAGGAUGAGGAACGUGUUCUACAUGCCCUACGUGUCCCAGAUCAUCUUCGCCGAGGCCUGCGUGACAUGAUGAGGACGUUAGACCGACAUCAACAAGAAGAUGAAGGGGCGGAAUACAGGUGGGGACUGGGACGUUGGCUGCAAUCCUGGACCCGAGGAUGUCAAGACAUACAACAGGUUGUUGACAUGUUGGCACUUCGCUCUCAGCGUGGUGGGAGUGUACCCUAUUUCCCGGUUGUCCGCACUCCGAGGGACCAAGCUAUGCGGGCGCGCUGCGUUGCGUGGAACCGACAAUGGAGCCACCUCAUAGGACAGCUCCUCGAAUGGUUGGUGGAUGAACAAAUGCGUGGUCGUGAACAAGAAGAUGAUAUGGAACGUGUGGAAGCAAUGUCCCUGGAAGAUGUAACAACGAGAGGUCGUAGCCGCUCGCCGCCCACGGUACGAUCCACCUCCUCUUCAAGCAGUCGACCGCGAAUGCGCAGAGUGCCGCGUAUAACGGGGAGCUCUAGCGGAGAUGGACGUCGGGCCCCUGCUGCAGCUACGACUCCGGCUACUGGUCCUGUCCUUCCUGCAAGUGAUGUGGGUGUUGGUGAUGAAGGCGGGCGUGCAAUACCGGUGGACAGCGAUGUUGUGCCUGCAGAUGAGGGACGUGGAACCGUUACUGUUUCGGCUGGUGCUGGUCAUGGAGUGGUGGCUACUGCCUCUGAGAUGGAGGAUGUGAUGCUGGUCCAGCUUCUUCAACCUGACGAAGCUCAACGGCUCAGUGCUAGGGGUGUCCGACGUGAAGCCAUAGCUGCCUUGGGGCACCUGAUUGGAGAACUUCGGCGAAUUGGGCGUCGUGAAGCACCUGUAGAUGACGUCGGCAGCGAGGAUGUGGAGUGGUGUCUGCGGGUUGUUGACCUUGCUUUGACGCGGAGUAUUGCGACGCAGAACGAAAUAGCCACUAUCCUCCGUCGUCGCUUUCGGGGUGAACGCUGCAUGCUCCCUGACAGUGACACCAGAGGGGGUGUUGUGCAGCUUGCGCACCCUUUCGUGGUUGGCGCAGCUAGGGCGUUUCUCAAUGGACUACAUGACGAGCUUUCGGUGGCUUGGUUGGAUCCAGAUCAGCUACCGGAAGAUCUGCGGGUGAUGCCACCACAUGACUUGGGUGAAGAGGAGGAAGAGGAGGAGGAGGCGGUAGCCUAUGGCGAUCAUGGACAAGAAGGGCGUCUCCUACGUGUACCUGCCCCAAGUGACGCCGACAGGAGCGCCAUGGAGGAUGCUCCACUUCCUGAUGCAGCAGGGGUGGUCGUGCAGGGGGACUCCGAUGGCUCUCUGAUGGCCACUGUGGCGGCUUCUUCGUUGCGUCCUCCGCGGGUGCGCAGUCGCUCUCCUCGGGGUGUACACGUUGCAGGACCUGCGGAACAUGCGGAAGAUGCUGGGGAGGCCGAUGUGGAGCACGAGGAUGGUUCUUUCAUGCAGGUGCCGCCACUCAAUGUUAAUGAGGGUGAAGAACUAAUGGACAUGUGGGUGUAUCGACGCUGUCGGGUUGAACUGAAUGAGUUCUUGGAAACGCUACGACGCGAUACCAGUGAGGACUGUCGGGAUGUUGCAUGGACACUACGGCACUACGGGUGGCUGCACAUGUGGUCGACAGGAUGGUGGCAGGACUGCAAACCGCUGGACGCCUGCUGCAUGGACGUACUGUU